UUGGCCUUCCAAUUUCAAGGAAAAGAAGCUGCAAAUGGCUUCGAUUGCUGCUUCAAUUUCUUCUUGUUUCCAUGGAGAAAACUUGUUGUCCUCUUCAUGCUCUUCUCUUUUCUCAAGGACUACACUCAACUUCUCCCCAUCCAUCUCCGGUAGUAAUUUUAGUGGUAGAAAACAGUUCAUGGUUUUUGCAAAGAGAUUAUCAGGCUUGGAGGAGUCUAUGAGGAUAAGAAGGGAACGUGAGCAAAAAACUACAACACCAAUUAAACGUAGAACACCCUUGAGGCGUCUAAAGGUAUCACCACGUCUUCCUGUGCCUGAUAACAUACCGAAGCCUCCUUAUGUAAGCUCAAAAUUGUUGCCAGAGAUUGCGAGUGAGUUUCAAAUGCAUGAUGAAGAAGGCAUCGCUUGCAUGAGGGCAGCUUGUGAACUGGCUGCUAGAGUUUUGGAGCAUGCAGGAACUUUGGUUAGGCCAUCAGUGACAACAAAUGAAAUUGACAAAGCUGUGCACCAAAUGAUUAUCGAUGCUGGUGCUUAUCCUUCACCUCUCGGCUAUGGAGGGUUCCCAAAAAGUGUGUGCACAUCAGUCAACGAGUGCAUGUGCCAUGGAAUACCUGAUUCUCGUCAACUGCAGGAUGGAGAUAUAAUAAACAUUGAUGUCACGGUCUACUUAAAUGGUUAUCAUGGUGAUACCUCAAAGACAUUUUUAUGUGGAAAUGUGGAUGAUGCUACAAAACGACUUGUGAAGGUUACUGAAGAGUGCUUGGAGAGAGGCAUUGCUGUUUGCAAAGACGGAGCUCUUUUCAGGAAAAUAGGGAAGAGGAUCAGUGAACAUGCAGAAAAAUUUGGCUAUGGUGUGGUGGAACGUUUUGUGGGGCAUGGUGUUGGGACUGUAUUUCAUUCGGAGCCACUUAUAUUUCAUCAUCGCAAUGAGAAGCCUGGUAGCAUGGUCGAAGGUCAAACAUUUACUAUCGAACCAAUUCUUACUCUUGGAACGACGGAGUGUAUUACAUGGGAGGAUAAUUGGACCACCUUAACAAAAGAUGGCAGCCCUGCUGCUCAGUUUGAACACACCAUUUUAAUCACUAGAACUGGUGCAGAAAUCUUGACAAAGUGUUGAAGCAGCUUUUGACAUUGGCUACAAUGUAUUUGGUACCUGAUUUUCGGUCUUGGUUGGUGUAUAAUUUGUUGUUAAUUCAACCAACGAUGUGAAAUCCCUAAACUGCCCUUUCGUGGCGCUGACCUAUUAUAUAUAAAUACUACAUGCUGUUGCGGUCGAGAAGGCAUUUGGAGUCUCUACUAUACUCGUCUUUUUGAUGGAGGUUAUGUUGUAUAGAAAAUUAAACGCACACCAGCGUCGAUAUCAUUCUCUAUGUUAUAUGUUUUGCAAAAUUGUUGUACGAAAUCGUUGAUUAGCUCUUAUUUGAUCA